AUGCCCAGGGAUUGGUUUGUGCUUCGCCGCUGCGUGCGGGUUGACACGGAAGCUUCAGAUGACAAGCCUAAGUGCAAACCUGGAAGAUGGGAUGAGUUCAAAGAUUGUAGUAAGUGCUCGUCUCGAGCAUGUUUGGAGCAGCUCCUCGUCACCUGCCGCAACGAGCCAGGGGUGUUGCUAACCUGUGCGGUCUCUUUCCCGGUUGCACAUCGUUGGUACAGCAGCGUCUUUAUCCGACCUGGCAACAGCAGCCUGACCAACGACACUCCCAUGAGGAUGGUAUGUUGUCACGGCUUCUCCCACUGGGACAAUCUGAGACAUGUGAGGGAAACGUCAGCAGAACUUUUCUGUGCAGAGAUUGAUCUCGCUGCGGCAGAGGCUGCACGGCUGGAGGCCCUUGAGGCAGAGCAGGAGAAAGAGGAAGCGGAGCUCAUCAAGCCCGUAUCGCCUACCUCCAAACAACUGGCUGAAGAAGUCACUGCCAGCGUGGAGACCACCGAAGCCCAGGUGCAGCGUCUUUUUGACCAAGUUGCAGGCCUCGAUGCAGCAGCCGUCCGUGCAGCUGACAUGGCGGAGCAGCUUCGAUCGCAAGAUGCCCUGCGGCGCCACCUGGAGCUGUUUGCCGCAGAGCUUGCGCAAGCCGAGGCUCGCUGCGCCAGUGCUUCGGAUACGCUCAGGGCAGCUGCAAAGGCCGCCAGUGACAUGAAGGAGUCGUCCAAGGCAUGCACCGAGCAGAUCCAAAGAGGCAUCCAGUCCAUGGAGGUGGAAUGCCCGCUCUGCCGCACUCGCUGUCCCAUAGCGGAGGUUAGUACCAACUUCGCAUUGUGCUCGGUGGCUGCGUCGCUGGCUACAAGCCAACAGCCGGUUCAACAGCAGAUGGAAACUCCGACGCCGCUGCCCUGGACGGAACCCUACACGGAGCCCCUGCUGCCACCUGCACAAGAGGACUUGUCCCCCUCUGCGCCGCCGCUGCAACCUUGGGAGGUGGGGCCUCAGAACAUGUACGACGAGGCUACAUACCACGCCGAGCAUUUUCAUGUGCCUGAGGGCAUGGCGCAGCCUGAGAGCAUGGAGGCCUGGAUCCGUCAGCGCCGAGAGAUUCUCCGAGAUUGGGGCCAGAAGCGCGAGCAGAAAAUGCAUCGGAAGCCGUGGUUCAUAAUGGAUCAGAUGAUUAGCGGCUCGGGCCUUUACCCCCCGCGUUUGCUGGAUACGUCAUGGUUCACUCCUAAGGAGUUGACCAUGAUUUCCCGCUUGGAGCACCUGCUGCAGGACACGGGCCACGCCCAUACCCUGGCAUACGACAUGCUGACGCCGCUGAUUUACGACAUCGAGGCAAAGACGGUUCUUCGCUUCGCAUCUUCCAUGACAGAUCCAUUCACGGCGGCAGACGGGUAUCAGGGGGCAGGCGAACACGAUACACCAGAACUUGCCAUAAAGCUUUCCAUCGGAGCACCUCAUCCAUUCGAAGCAUUUCGAAGCUACAUCAGUGUCGAACUUGUCGCCGUGGACGAGGUGGAGGAGAUUUUCCAGAGUCCCGCAAGGGGAACCACUCCCAUGGAUCGGACGUUGACUCAGGUACUUCAGGAUUUUGCUCCUGCUUCAACGGGCCAGCCGCUUCUGAUUCUCGCCUUGACCGAUGGGGAGGCAAACGACAUGAAUGCCUUCAACCAGGUCCUGGACAGGAUUCAGAACAUGGUAUAUGGCGAUGUGCAGGUUUGUCUCAUGGGCUUGUCUCUUGUCAAGGAGGACAUCGAGUGGUUCGAGCAGGAGGAGUGCGAAGAUACACGGAUCCGCACUAUCGAAGCCUUUGAAGUCGAGAACCGGCAGAUUCAAAUGAAGGAGGUGAUGAAGCGGGAAGGUGGCUACACCUUUGCCAUGCAUGUUAUGAGGGCCCUUGUGACCAACUUUUAUCCUGCAGACUACGACUACGAGACACCCUUGCAAAAUUUCCGACAUCGGCUGUACAUUACCAUCCAUGGCCGGGACCGAUGGUGGGGGCAGCAAAAUCCUCUGUGGUUCCUUCUUUGCACUUCAGGCAUCUGCCCAGCCUGUUUCCUGGCCACUGGUUGCCACUGCUGCGGCUGGCUCCAGGGCAAUGACUGUGGGAAGUACGAAAUUCCUCAGUGCCUGGAGCCCUAUCUCAAGGACGAGUGA